GUGGCCCCGCCCUCUCCGGCCCCCGGCCGGGCAGGGCCGGGCAGCCAUUUUGGGCAGAGCUUUGUUAUGAUUCGGUCUGAGGAACUCUCGAGCCAGAGAGAGAGAGAGAGCGAGAGAGAGAGCGAGAGGGGCCUGGUCCGAUAAUGCUUUGUGAAUUCUACUGUUUCUGAUGGAAGAAGACAGUUUCUCAAAUAUGAACUCUUCAUUUUAAUACAACCAGCUUUUCCUCCUUUUUGCUGUUCUCCUCUGAUUAGAGCAAUAAUUCAAGUAGAAUUGCUUAGGGAGAGAUUGCUUUAAAAGCUGACCCUUUAUUUUUAGCUUUAAUUAAAUGCAUAAAUGGAAAUUAUAGAAAAGACAUAAAAUGUUGUGACAUAUCUUCAAGUUGUUUGUAGUUUCUCAGCAUGGAAACUUAUUGAAGGAUAUGAAAAGCCCAUCAAGGUACUGUUUUUAAAAAAACGCUAAUCUUUUUUUUAGCAAUUAUAAAAUUUUGAAUAUGAGUGUUGCAUUUUAGGACAUUUAGGAACAGAAUCUUAACCUAGUAUUCCAGAAUUUGCCAGACUUCUCAGGAACCUUUCAACUUCCUUCUUCCUGUGUCCUGACCCAGUUGGUUAUUCUGCAGAUUUCUUGCAGAAGAUGAAAAAAGUUAAUUUGAGGGAUUCACCAUUAAUAAUGGCAUUUUUCUGAAUGUUGUGCAGAUCUAAUAAAUACUUCUGUAAUGUAAUAGUUAGAUUAUAUAGCAUUGUGACAACAGAAAAAAGUUUAAUGAGGUGAAUGUGGUUGUGGUUUUUCAAAAAUGCACACUCCCUUUUAGGACUUCUUUUCUCAUAUGAGUGCAGAGCGCAGUUAAAAUGAGCAGUUAGAGAGGUUGAGGGGUGCAGUCAGCACAAAGUGCGGCUUUUUGUGCUUUUUGGGGGACUCACCAUUGCCACAGAGCUGGCAGAGGUGCACCCUGGAGAAGAAAGAAACCUGGAGAGUCAAGAGGACAGCUAAAAGCAAGAGUGGACUGCUGAGGCCAAAGUAGAUCCUGGCCAUGAGGUUUGAUGCCUCAUUUUAUUAAAGAAAGACACUGGACCUAAAUGGCGCAACAUGACUUUGUUCCUGCCUGGCUUAACUUCUCGACGCCACAGUCCGCCAAGGCCCCUGGAGCUCCUUUUGAGAAGCACGGAGAGCAUCUUCCUCGGGGAGAGGGCCGCUUUGGAGUAAGCCGGAGACGCCACAACUCUUCAGAUGGCUUUUUUAAUAAUGGGCCCCUCAGAACUGCAGGAGAUUGCUGGCAUCAGCCUUCCUUACACCGUCAUGAUUCUGUGGAUUCUGGUGUUUCUAAAGGAGCUCAUGUUGGGCUAGCUGGCAACCAGCCUGGCUGGCAUGGUUCUUCACGGGGUCAUGAUGGUAUGAAUCAGCGGGGGGGAGGAAAUGCAUCCCAUCGUCACUGGAAUGGCAAUUUCCACUCCCGAAAGGGUUCAGUUUUUCAAGAAAAGUCACCUGCCGAGGCCAGGGAAGAGAAGGAGGAGAAGGAGAAACUGCAGUUUGAGGAGGAAGACUUUCCAUCAUUGAAUCCAGAAGCCGGAAAGCAGAACCAUCACAAUAAGCCCAUUGGGACUCCAUCAGGUGUCUGGGAAAACCCUCCUAGUGCCAAGCAACCUACCAAGAUGCUGGUCAUCAAAAAGGUUUCAAAAGAAGAUCCUGCUGCUGCUUUCUCGGCUGCAUUUACAUCACCAGGGCCUCAGCUUUCAAAUGGCAACAAAGCAACCACUAUUGUCCCAAGUGUCUAUAAAAACCUGGUUCCUAAACCUGCAGCACCUCCUUCCAAGCCAAGCCAAUGGAAAACUAACAGAAGUGAGCAUAAACCAGGCUCUCUCACCUCCAGUCGUGAUUCUGCUUUUACCAGUCCAGUGUCUAUAACCAAACCAGCUGUAUUAGCCAGCGGGUCUAUUCUUGCCUCUUCCAAAGAGAGUCCUUCCAGCACCACCCCUCCAAUUGAAAUAAGCUCCUCUCGCUUGACAAAGCUGAUGCGUCGCACCACAGAUAAGAAGAGUGAGUUCCUGAAGGCUCUGAAGGAUGACAGGAAUGGAGAAUUGCCAGAACGCCAUGAGAACAACAAACUGGAGGAUAUGGAAGGCGGCAGCACACCAGAACCAAAGGAAAAUUGGGAAGAGAAUUGCCAUCAGAAUGGUCUUUCUCUGCCUUUGGAAGAGGGGGAAAACCUCUCUCACUCAUUAGAAGCAGAACACAGAUUACUGAAAGCAAUGGGAUGGCAGGAAUAUCCUGAAAAUGAUGAGAAUUGCCUUCCGCUUACAGAGGAUGAGCUCAAAGAGUUCCAAAUAAAGUCAGAGCAGCUAAGAAGAAAUGGCUUUAGAAAGAAUGGAUUUCUUCAAGGCCGUUGCAGCAGUCAACUGUUCUCCCACUGGAGAAGCACUUUUAAGACAGAUUUUGAAGCAUCAGAUACAGAGACAAGUAGCAGUGAAACUUCAGACGACGAUGCCUGAAAAGGGGCACCAAAAACCCACAGUAUAAAACCAACCCAGCAAACUCAGUUUGUAGUUUAGCACAUUAAUGUUUGGGGUUCAAAUGAAGCAGAGUUUAUUCUGUCUCAAGUCUGUUCAGUUUCUUUUUUAUUGUUGAAAACUUCAUGCACAAGGGAAAGAAUUAUAUCCCAAAGAAGAAAGCUAUUGGCUUAUUACUUUUUGGUUUUGCCCUUCUAUGCUUCAUAGAAAACAGUCCGUGCAGAUGGGUGGACCACUGGUCUUCUGGGACAAGGCCUCAGUUCAGUCUCAUCAGAAGCAGGAUGUAAGGGACUGGGUUGGGCAGCCACAAGCUUCUUAUACUGCCGUCCACAUGGCAAAAUGCUGUGCGGCAAUAAUGUGCUAAAACAAUCAUUGUCAAUGACAAAAUGGCUAUGGAAGUUCUAAUUGUGUUAAAUUAAUGCUAAUAACAUGGAACUUUUUAUUUUUUUGGCGGCUCGGGGAGCUUCAUCACUUAACCAGGCGUGUUUGGUUUUUCUUUUUUUGGGUACAGCUGUAAAAUAUUUGGAUAUAGGAAUCGUUUGUGUUCUUCUUGCAACCUUGAUAUUCAGGGUGGAUUGUAAAAUAUAAAUUUUUGUGGGAUUUCAAAGAUUAAGAUUAUUUUGAUAACAUUAUUUACAGAUUUAAAAAAGUGACUAUCACAUUGAGUCUGUAUGAGGGGGAAAAACUACUGCAUCAGAAGAUAACUAACUUGGAAUAAAUAUUUUGCAUCAGUUUGCCAA